AUGCACUUUAUCGACAUGCCCGAGAAGCAUGUGAGCAACUCAACUAACAGGCCUUCCAUCAUCCAAAGACGUCUGAUGCAACCUGAUGUGACCUGAUAUUUUUUUACUUUUCCUCACUCGCCCGCAGAAUCCUCCUCGUCGUCGUCUUCGUCAUAUUCUUCAUUUGCUAAAAAAGAGGACUCCGAGCUCGUGACAACCUCGCUCGCCUCGUUACCAAGUCACCUACUAGCAGUAAGUCCGUUGCAUGAGACCACCGCCUCGCUGCCCUCGCUUUCUGCCACUGUGUCGGCGCAUCACACCAAGCCUAGCCCAACCUCGUCGCCCCAUCUGAUGGCCCAAUUGCACACACCUGCCAUACACACUCAUCCACCGUCUGUCUCCUCGCAUCAUCACCAGCAUCAGAUGCACUCGCAUCCUCCUCUUCACCUUCACCCAGCCGUCGCCGCUCUGGGGCUUAGCCUCGGCCAGUCGGGUCUUGGAUUCGCCAAAUCGCCGGCAGAGCGGUCCGAAGAGUUGGUUUCAGCCUCUCUACUUUCCGGUCUCGCGAGCACGGCCACGGUCGCGAGCACAGCCACGACCUCGGGCACAACCAAUUCAGCUCCGGGGGCCAAGCCAAGCAGUUCCUUGUCAACUGGACUGGGCCGAAUUGACGAAGAGUUCUCUUCUGUUUCUCUUCCUCUCGAGGCGUUGGCAACACAAGCUGCGUUUCUGGCGACUUCCACACGAGCCCUAACCGCCUCCGAGCCGUUGCCAGCUAUUUCACCCUCCUCUUCUUCCUCCUCUUCUUCCUCUUCUCCUUCGUCCUCUUUUGCCUCGUGCUUUACCUCAUCCUUGACUUCGACCAUCGCCUCCCUCACCACCUCUACCAUUUCUACAUCGCAGCCUUCCUCGUCUGUCUUUCCCUCUCUUAGCAGCAGCCAAACGACUCAUUCCUCAGAUGCACUUUCUGUCCAGUUAGCCGGUCGUCAGCAUGUCCCACAUUCACAUUUACAUCCACAUCCACAUUCACAUCUACACAUGCACCCCCCCACACACACGCACACACAUCCACACCAACAUCACCAUCACAAUAACUCUCAAGGUCAACGUCUCCUCGAGCGGCCCCUCUCACAGCCUCCCUUGGCCACCAAUAUGUCCUCCAUUCCAGAUCUUCACUUUCCCGUUUCUCAUGCCUCCACCGCUGACGCAUUCGCGACAGCCGAAACAACUACCGCCGCCAACUCUAUGACAGACAACGCUGUUGGCAUUUCGGUCCCAUCAAGUCUGCCUCUUGGUUGUCUUGCGGCUCCCAUUAUCUCCCCUGCCGGGCAUACCUGCUCACCGGCCACAACAACAACCUCUCCGUUUGCCAUUAGUUUCUCUUCAGCUCUUCAGCUCGCUGCGGCGGCGGCCGCCAUGGGCAUCGCCGACACGUCACUUCUUGACACUUCCAGAUUUUCGACUUCGGCACUGUCCAGCCUGACACCGCUGCUCUCCAAGGUGUCCGAUCAGGUGAGCAUUAUGGUUGUCGUAGGCAACAUGUAUCGUUGA